GUGAAACGUGCUCGGAGUGAGCCCUCCUCGCGCUCCUCACAUCCUUCCCAGAAACACAAAAACAACAUCGUCGCGCUGAGGAAGAGGAGGGUUACAGGGACUUACCAGAUAUUUCCGACUGCGGAGCUCUUUGUCAUCGUGUCCUCUAACACCAAGUUUUCCGGCUGCUUUCAGAGACGAUGGCGGAGCAGAACACGGAGGCGAAGCUGAAGAACCAGCUGAAGCGGGAGAAGGUCCAGCUGUGGAACCCUCCGUACACCGCCGCCGACGGCCAGCCGGGACAGCGGCACAUGCAGGAGCUGGCGGAGCGCUACGCCCCUCUGCUGUGUCUGUCGGCGCCGGAGGUCGGGGCCGCCCUGGAGUCCAUCAGGGCGCAGGCGGUGAAGAGGGGGAAAGGAAACAAGACGUUCAGAGAGACCAACGUGGCCACGGUGGAGCUGCUGCUGCCCCGAGACAGCAAGAAGGAUCCGAAGACAAAGGACCACCUGGAGACGAGGCUGGAUGUGCUGGUUCAGGAGGUGGUGGACAGGAUUGGAGAGGAGUACGGCCUCAAGUACAUCAAACUGAUCCUCAACGGGAAAACUCUGUGUGCAGACCAGCGUCUGGACGAGCAGGGUGUGAAGAACCACAGUAAGAUGAUGGUGCUGAAGGUGAGCGACGCCGAGUUGAAACAACAGCUGAGCGAGGAAGAGGAGAAGAAGAAGAACCAGAACGAGAGCAUCCAGAGGACCCAGAAGGGCUUCCAGAUCCUGUCAGAGAGAGACGGCAGUGAAGACCCGGACACCACUCCGUUCCUGGAGAUCGCUGACCAGAGAGGAAACCCGCUGAAGAUCCCCCACACGGAGAAGAAGGCUCUGAUCCUGGCCAUGGGUUUCCAUGAGAAAGGUCGUUCUCUGAUGAAGAAGAAGCAGUUUGACAACGCUCUGUGUCACCUGCUGCAGGCCGACCAGCAGUUCAGUAAGUGCGGCUCGGCGCUGCUCGGCUCGGUGGACAACUACGCCGUCCUGCAGCUGGACAUCGUGUGGUGUUACCGGGCGCUGGAGGCGCUGUCCUGCCUGGACGACGGCAAGAGCCGACUGCAGAGAGCCGAGGACUGUUUCCUGCAGUGUUACGGAGAACAGCAGCAGCGGCUGCUCAUGAUCAAGGGUAACACAGGCAGGGAGGAGGUGUUGUUUCUCCGGCUGUACCUCCUCCAGAGUCUCCUCUCCUACCUCGAAGGAAACGACGCUCAGGCCCGACACCAGCUGUCCAAAGUGGAGUCUCUGUACAGCCGUCUGUGUCUGGACUCGGAGAAAAUGGCUCAGCUGAUGACGCUGGGCUUCACUGAGAGAGAAGCCCGGCUCGGCCUCAGAGCCUGUCAGGGAGACCUGCAGGAGGCCGCCGUCCACAUCAGCAACCAGAGACAGGAGCGAGAGGAGCUGCAGCAGAGGGAGCGGCAGAAGAGGAGCAGGAGGAUGGAGGUCAUCUCCACCCUCACCGAGCUGGGCUUCUCCAGGAGAGACGCCGCCACAGCGCUGCACCACGCCGACGGAGACGUGGACAAGGCUUACGCAAUCCUCCUGGACUCCAGCCAGGCUGCUCGGUCGACCAAUAACAACACAGAGGGGGCGGUCAGUCCGGAGCGCGUGGAGCAGUUGCUGUAUCUGGGGUUUGAGAGGGAGGUGUCUGAAGCUGCUCUCAGACUGACGGGUGGAGACGUCCAAUCAGCGACUCAGCUGCUGCUGGACAACCAGGGCGUCCUCUCCCCGGAGCUGCUGUCGAUGUCCCCGCCCUCCACCUCCUCCUCCUCCUCCUCCCCCUCCUCCGAGGAGCCCAGCACCUCCUCCAGCUCCGCAGCGGACAACGAGUUGGUGAACGAGGUGCUGGAGGACAUCUCCCGCCACGAGGAGGAUUACCUGGACCUGACGCUGGACGAGGAGAGCGAGCUCAUCGCCACCAUGAAGACCUACCUGGACCGAGGGCCCACACACACCGUGUGACACACACACACACACACACUGCUUUACUCGUCCUCUGUUAGCCAUGUAAAGCAAUAAAGGGUAUUUUCUGCAGUUAUUUCAGUCCAAAGUUAAGCACCUGCUCAGUAAAGUGCCACAGCUGAGGCACGACCUCGAACCAUGAGACUCACGUCAGUCUGACUUCAUAACAAUAAUAAUGAGAUUUCAUCAAAGAUCGUCUUAGUUUUCUUUGUAGCUCGUCAGCAAUAAUUCAGCCGAGGUCAGAUGUGUUUGGAUGUUUCAGGCUGCUGAAGAGUUUUUGUUCUAACGUGAGAAUCUUUCUUUUUUAAAUCAAAUCGCUGCCUGUUUGUUGACAGCGAUGAUUUUUUUUGGACAAACCAAAGGCGCUUGUGUUUUAAAGAGCUGCUGCUCUGAAGUGAUUUCUGUUUUUUUUUAUUGUUCUGACGGGAAAGCUGUGUUUCAUGUUCGAUGUAGCAGCACUUUGAAAACUAAUUUGAAGUUAAUUAACUUUUAUUUAAACUGAGUUGACGUUAACGUUGCGUUCCCUGUCUCAUGUUGAUGGAGCCAAUAAAGAAAAUGAAGGUUU